CGCUCAUCCAACGCCGCUCGGGCCCUCAACACACAUACCUGCUGGCAGUCAUGUUUUUUUCUAUUCUUCGCACAACUACCUUCACUCAGACACUGACCGCAAGCCACAUUUAAUCAAUUUAUCAUUUUACUAUGCUCCGUAACUUCAUCAAGAAUAUUGUGAACUCAUCAUUGAGUUGUGCAGACAAACUGCGUGAUAGAAAAAAGGCUCUAUUCGAGUUUUGCGUUAAUGGCGAUCUCCACAGUCAUCCGUACAGGGAGACCAUGUUAUCGGUCUGUCCCACACCCCGUCCUGCCCCACCUCUGCCCUCCUAUCACUUCUCAGACCCCGACACUCCUCUAUCCUCAACCAUAGAUACGGAGUAUGCUGUUUGUCGUGGACAAAUGUCCUCUCGGAUUGCAACGGCUACCCUUGAAGGCCUGCCCGAUGAAAUCCGAUGCCAUAUCCUCGGAUUUCUUUCAUAUAAUGAAAUUAUACGAUGUGCUCUGACCUGCCUGACACUGUACAACACAGUCAAAUGCUCUGUUGAGCUACAGUACAUCAUCGAACUCGGUGCUCAACGGUUAAUUGAAGUACAUCCGCGGUCACCUACUGCCUCUUUAUCGGAGUACUUGUGUAUCCUCAGAAAAAAGGCAAACGCGUGGAACACUUUCAAGCCCAUUGCUACGCGUGCGUUUCGUAGUGCGACCUUGUCCAAAUUGAACUCGAUUGUUCAUGGAAAUAUUAUCCGCUAUACGCCCUCCGUGCAUGUGGAUCCUGCGUCCAACGCUGUGGAUAUCAAGACCAACAGCACGUGUAUCGCUACAAUUUUUAUGAAUCCCGGUCCAGUUCCCCACACAUACAGGUGCAUGGACGAGUUACAAGACAUCGAGAUCAUCAUUACGCUUCCGAUCGAUGUCAAUUCUGAUGGCUUCAAGUACCAAAUAUCCUUCCAUACGAUAUCAACGGGGAAGGAACAUCCUUUGUCCCAUGGAUCUUGUAUAGUGAGUGGUAGAGCCGCUUGCAGCAAAGCUCAGCAGAUCAAAAUCGCUGUUGCUGUCCUCGAUGAUCGCCUCGCAGUCUAUAUUGUUGGGCUCGACGAAAACCCGUGCUGGUCGCUGCACGUCUUGAGUUGGCAACGACCUAGUCAAGCUGACGACUUAUGUGCGAUCGGUGACGGUAAUCAGUUGUCGGACAUCCGUUUUCUUGUCAAGGAGAAGCUUAUAGCUCUCUCGACGGAUGGUCAUAUUCACCUCUAUGACACCGAGGACCCAUCAAAGGCGCCGCGGCUUCAUGCAAGAUUUAUGCUGCCCAUCCGUGGCCAGUUGGGCGCUUUCAAUCACCCGUCGACUUUUCAUAGUGCCGCAAGCUGUGCGGGCCUCGCGGUACCAGUUGACCAUUGGAUUUGGACAACGAACCCUGCAGAUCGAGUCAUAUCGGUGACAUGGGCCUGUUCAUCGACUUGUAUCAUAUCUUCUCGCAUAUUUUUCAUGGACAUUCCUUCGACAUGGUUUGAUGCAACGUCACAAGAUGGGCGCUUAGUCACAUGGUCAUCCUGGGGUCCACGAAACUCUCGUCUCUUCCAUGAAGAAAGGUUCGGCAUGGAAUGGCUGUACUUUUUUGGAGUGGGAGGAUCUCGUGUUAUAUGGGCGGGUCCCGUCGCGGGUGGCACUGAUUUAUCGUUCCAGUUACACAUGGCCGACUUCAAUCCCUCGGCCGUGGCGCGUGGCAUCGGCAACGUAAUCCGCGAACCUACGAUAUCGGGAUUGGUAGGUCUCUGGUCGGACACGCCAGUGAAGACAUACCUCCCUUACGUGGAGGUGUCCCAUGAGAGAUCUUUCGAUGCUCUCCUUUGGGAUAUCACACUCGACGAGGAGACCAUGGUGCUGUUCACCCAACCAACGGUUGAAUCUGAGUGGAAAAUGCAGGCCGACGUCUUUGAAAUGUAGUCCAUAUUUCAUUGUAGCCAGCCGUCUAGGGUAUUCCAGGGGAGGCUGUGUACUCGGAUAUGGACAUGUGAGCAACUACAAUGGUGACGACGAUACCAAUGACAAUGACAAUGGCGACAACAACAAGUUUGACGACGAUAAGUUUCAGUAGAAGAGCAGAUAGA